AUGAGUGGAGAACGACAACCAUUGAAGCAAACAAAUAAUUACUAUAAUGAAGAAAUAUACUAUGAAGAUGAAGAACCGGAAUUGUCUCCAACCAUGAAAUACUUGCUUUGGGCUGUAGGGAUCUUUACAUCAAUCUUUUGUAUCUUUUUAUUUACUGUCUAUAUCCCUCUGGUAUUUAUCCCUGAAGCUCGUCCAUUAGAAGGAAUUCUAAAAGUAUCUGAAGUUGAACAUCACUUGACUACAAUUAGUGCUGAAAGAGUACGGGAAUUGGGAUUACACAAGUUCCAACUGAUUGUAAAUGAUGAAGACGAUGAUUCAACAGAAUCAAUGGAAGAAGAGGAUAUAGAAGAUCAGCUAGACAUUGACUUAACACACACUUUCAAGUCAAAAGGGGUGGAGAGAUUUAUUUUAGUUGGAGAUGUACAUGGAGAAUACAAUCGUUUAAUGAGUCUUAUGAAGAAAGUUCAGUUUAACCCAAAAAAGGAUCUUGUUUUACUCCUAGGUGAUUUCAUUUCAAAGGGACCAGACUCUGUCAAGGUUAUUGAAUGGGCUUCGCUGAAUGGUGUUGAAUGUAUUCUUGGGAAUCAUGAAUACUAUGCACUUGGAAAUUACGCAAAAUUCCACGGUCUUUAUAGUCCAUUUUUUGUUAAUCCUAAUGAUAAUGAUACAACAAUUGUUGGAGAAAAAUAUUUAAAUGUCAAGGGGUUUAAUGAUGAUCCAGAAUUUUUAAUGGCUAAGAAAUUUCAACCAGAACAUAUUGCUUAUAUUAAUAGUUGUCCAGUAAUUAGACGAUUAGGACCUGUCCCAUUGCACAAGCCACGGAAUAAUAAUGGUAGUUUAAAUUUUGUUGAAGGGGUUGCAGUUCAUGCUGGAUUAAGAUGGGAUUUGGCACAAGCAAAAGAACCACUUGAAGAACAAAAUCCAAUUGAUUGUUUAGAGAUGCGUAAAUUAUUGCCACCAUUCUACAAUGAAACUACUGAUGAUCCACAUUUUCCAAAUGCAGUUGGAUGGACUGGAUUAUGGAAAGAUACUCAGAAGUUGCUUUCUCGCAAGGAUAGACAGGCGGUUUAUUACGGUCAUGAUGCGAGAAAGGGUCUCCGUCUCAAGAAAUAUACUAGAGGGUUGGACUCAAGAUGUACUGUGGGGGGUUAUUUAAGUGCAAUGGUAAUUUGGAAAGAAGAACAAUUAUUCAAUGGGAAGCUCAGAGAAUUCUAUAAAGAGCAAGCCUAUCAAGUCAAGUGUUAA